AAUGACAGCCAAGGGGCGUGACAGCUUGGCAAUUCUCGGGAUCUUCAGGCGUCGCUUCUCGCAGUGGCAAUCAGUUUAGUCAGUCAGUCAGUCAGGGAGAGAUGGCGCCCGUGCUAGCAUACUGGAGCAUCCGUGGGCUUGCCCAGCCCAUCCGUUUAUUGCUGGAGUACACCGGCACAGAAUAUGAGGAGAAGGUGUACGACUGUGGGCCUGCCCCAGACUACGACAAAUCCUGCUGGUUUGAUGUCAAGUUUACCCUCGGCCUUGACUUCCCUAAUCUCCCAUACUACCUGGAUGGCAAUCUGAAAAUCACCCAGAGCAAUGCCAUCAUCCGUCACAUUGCUCGCCAGAACAACAUGUGCGGGAAGACAGAGGAGGAGAAAGUUCGUGUGGACAUCCUCGAAAACCAGUCUGUUGACCUCCGCAAUGGCUUUACACAGCUCUGUUAUAGGGACUAUGACACCCGGAAGGAUGCUUACUUAGAGGCUCUGCCAAACACACUUAAGCUCUUCUCAGAUUUCCUUGGAGAACGCAAGUGGUUUGCUGGGGACAAUUUAACCUACGUGGACUUUAUCAUGUAUGAACUUCUCGAUGAGCAUCUUGUACUUGAUAGUGGUUGUUUGAAAGACUUCAAGAAGUUGCAGGAAUUCCACAAACGCUUUGAGGCACUCGAGCCUAUCAAGAAGUACAUGGCCUCGCCAAGGUACAUGAAAUCCCCACUCAACAACAAGAUGGCCAAGUUUGGAAAUAAAUAGAUAAAGCAUUUUCUUGACACUUGAAAUUUGAUCUUACCAUUUUUGAAGAAGAAAACUUUUCCAGUUAGUGUAUGAACACUUCUAUGUCAGCACUAUUGUCCUUGUUUGUGAUACAGCUUACAAUUCUAGUUUUAUAAUGAAUGUUUCUUUGGUUACCAAAAAAUUCUAGUUUAGGAAAAAAUAACCUAAAAGUUGAUGAGAAAUUGUGUGUAGCUGAAAGUUUUGAAAAGUUUCAGAAGAUACGCUUUUUGUUUUAUUUUAUUUUUUGUUUGCAUUUUAUUUUGGUAGCUAUUUACAUUGUGAAAGUGUAAUUCAGAGACUCAGGUUUUGUAGAGUUGUCUGAAUGGCCGGAAUAAAAGCAGCUCAAAA